ACUUUGGGCUAUCUUGUUUUAGAUUAUGUAUUCGGUAACCACAAGUUUGGCGGAAAUGCUCAAUCCAUUACCAAGAAUAAGUGGAUCCACCACACAUCAUUUCUAUGGGAUUUUGAUGUCCGAAACAUGGCUUACCUAGAGCUUCCUAAACGAGCUCCUGUGUAUCGAUCGGCAAGGGGGCAUUUAGACUUCAUAUGCCGACUGAAGGAUUACAUGCCGAGAUCUACUUUCAUUGAUAAAACUGUUGAGGCAGCUGCAACCCAGUUUUCGUUGAGAUCUUUUGAGCCGGAAGCGACAGAAAGUUGCUUGGAAACAGAAUUCCAUCCCUCAACCAGGUUCCUGACAAACGACGAACUGGAAGCAGCAGCUGUUGCGGGGCAAUAACUUUGGCUCCCUUGAGGGUUCAGUUU